AAUCGAAAACGAGGCUGGCCUUCUACUCUUCUCUCGCAUACCAAAACGAACGCCGGUGUACAGCGCGCGUAAAAUACAUUUCGUUCUCCGGAAAAUAGAACGCCGCCAUUUUUAAACGUUUCUUUCCAUUUGCAAGAAUUUUGCAAGAUUAUUACAGAACGGAUUAAAGCGGAUUAUCAGUUAAUGAGGUGCGCAAAAAUUUUUUGUCUGAGAAAUUUAGCGCGCUAAAAUAUGUAGGCAGCUGGCGCGGUUUAUAUGGCGCGCUUUUUUUUUCUCGUAACAAAGAGCGCGUAGUAGUAUUGUAAAAUGAAAUGCAUUCCAUGCAUUUAUUUAAUGUAUGGGAAGUUGUGCUAAGAAUUGGUGUACGAUUAUAUGUAUAGUGGAAGACAGACAAGAAUCUUCGAUUUUAUCGAUUGACCUAGUUUCUCGCAUAGGUCUAGUAAUAGCGGGUUCUGUACGUCCACUGGGGUUUCUAGGUAAAUUUCGAACUGGGUCACUGAGACUGAUGAUUUGGAUAUACAAUCUUCUGCUGGAUACUCUAUAGGUCAAUUGCAAAAACUCAUUUCUCAUCUAUAUAACCUGAUUAUUAGAAGAAAUUCAACUUAAAAAGAGGUAAUGGUAACUUAAUUUCAAAUAAAUAGUAAACUGAAAAGAUCAUGCCGUUCGUUGGAUUAUCUAUAUAUGGAUCAACCUAUUUUCACGUUGAAGAUAGCCUAAAUCUGUUUAGACAAGGAAAAUUCAUCCAGAACGGAACUCAUCCACAUAUCAUUUUGCCCUACUAAUAGAUUGCGACUGUCUAUCGAAAUAAGUUGUAAACUACAUAAGAAACUGCCGAAAUAGUAUUAGUUUUGGGAUGAGAGAAAAUGUACAUAUUUCAAACCACCUAAUCAGUUGUCUAUUAAGAGAAGCUAUUACUGAGUACAGAGUAACAACAAAUACCAGCAAGAUGUUCUGGGUUCUGUUUCGCAGUCUUUCAUCGAUCUUUUUUAAACUUCAAUGAAAUAGCGUGUAGGUAGUAUUGUGUAAUGGCCAAUAUAGAUACAAAAUGUCACACGAUGCUAGGACUACGAGGUUAGUCGUUCAACACGAGCUGGUGAAGCAUAAAGCGGCCAUCUAUUUCUUGUGUUUUUGGAGUCUUCAACGGGGGAAGGGAAAAUUUAUUAAUUUAAAAUACCCGAUUUUGGUUUGUAAUAAAUAGGUCUGCACCUAAGAAACUAGUAUUUAAGUGCGCUUCCAGCGAAAUUUUUGCUGCCUUUUUAGCACUGGGUUCUUGUUAUUAGGUAUUUUCUAAAAAAUUUUCUAAUUAGUUUUGAAUUAUUAUCGAAUGCUAGAUUUUUUGUUUUCUAUAUGAAUAAUUCAGGCCUAAAUAACUAAAAAUGUAUUAUGUUAGCGACUAUAAUAUUACUUCUAACGAGUUUCAAUUUUUUGUUUAUUUUCUGUUCUUUUAAGAAUUGAGAUGCGUAAGCCUAUUGCGUAAUUAGUACUUUCGCUAUUUUAUUUGAGCUGUUGACAACUUUCGGUAUAGAGCCAGUCGGCAGUAGUGCCAAAACUUGAAAGCUGUCACGUUGUGAGCCUAUAUGUUCUAUACACCUCUUUUAGAUAAUAAAGAGUUUCUAACUGGGUGAAAGCUAGUUAGUUUUACAUAUAUACUUUAGUAUUUUAGAAUAUAUAUGUAUAUGUGUAGUGUUUCUAGCCUAAAAGUAGCAAAUCGAUAAGAAAAAUAUGUCCAAAGAAAAUCAAUAUGAUGUAUUUUGUAAUACUUUAGGCCUAUUGCGAAAUUUAAGGUUGGUAGUGGGAUUUUCUGUUAGUCACUGUGCAACGUGGAAGAUUCCAGUCUUUCGAUCUAUAUAUUUACUUCUCACUGUUAAAAGAAGUAUUAAAUAAUAACGACUUCGGUAAUUUCUUGUGAAGUUUUUUAAGAAACGACAAGCGGAGUUUAAACGAUAAAAUUGAUGACAUUUUAUGGAAAUAAGAAUUUAUCAAAAACGCAAUUUUAUCUUUUUUUAGGUUAAAAUCAAAUACUUUAGAAUAUUAAUAGUCGCGAAUGCUUUCGGUAUUUUUAUAGAAUUAUAUAUUAGAAAAAAUAAUAGGUUUCAGUCAUUAUAAAAUACUCUCGGUUAAAUCGUCUUUUUCUUGAAGUGGUACUUUAUUAAAUCAUCCCAUCUGAGUGGGUUUAUAUAAGAAAAUAAGUAGCUUUUAGUAUUUUUAAAACAUUUUAAAUCAUAUUCAGUCUUAAAAGUGUUCCAAUUUUUUUGUAGAUUGAAUAGUAUCAAGCAAAUAAAGAUCACAAUCAAAAGAAUCGAUGUUGAUGUACUGAAAAAUAUAGACAGAUUCAACACGCCGAUAUCCUUUAAUAGGAGAACGCUUUCAGAUGCCGGCCAAACAGUCCCGUAUGCUCUCUCCGGCCGUCGCUUGUAAUGCCGAUGACCAUCCUUUAAAGAACAUUGAUGACGAAAUGCCACCCACCUCCACUACUGAACAUUCCUAUGCCAUUCAACAAUGUUCUGGGGACAACGGUACUGGAGGAGGAACGGGCAACGGGCUAUUAACUAUUGGCGAUACAGAUGAAAUUGACGUUGUAAAUGAAACUACAACUCACACAUCUCAGCAACUGGUUGCUCGAUGGCAAAAUUCUCAGAAUUAUCAUCCAGCGACAGAUCAUGAUUAUGUUGCGUUUUCUCAAUUUUCAGCCGUUGUACAAAGCGAUAUUAUUUCAAGAAUUGAAGCUGUCCCAAACAUAAGAAUGACAAGAAAAAAGAAAGCUAAACCAGUCAUACCUCUAGAAACAGACUUUUCUACUGAAACUAUUAAGGCUUCUUCCGAAGAUACUGAAACUGACACAAUGUACGGACUUAAAGUUGAUAAUGAAACAAGCGCAGCACUUGGUUGGAAAGCUGUUGAUAAAAAGAAAAAACAAUCUAAAAAAUCUGACAAUGGGGGUAAUAGCGUGGGAACAAGCAGCAAUGAUAAGAAUUUUGUCAAAAUUCAGGGUGCAUAUCAGGAUGACUUUGUUUACUUCGCUCCGAAAAUUAGUGGGUCAAGAGCUAGGACUAGGUCUCGGACCGAAGCAGCGCAACCUACAAAUCAACAACCUAAUGUCUUAGAUUGGUAUAGGGACCUGGCUAACACUGAUAAAACUGCCAGGUUUGGAGGUGCCCCUUCUGAAGAGGAAGUCGUUGAUAUGGUCGCCAGCAUGCAAGAAGAACAAGCUAUUCAAUCUGAGGACUUGGAUAAAAUGGCUGAAAAUUUAACUUCAAUGCUGUGCUCUCUAAAUAAUGAAGAACUCGAGAAAGAGCUCGAACGCGUUGGUCUUCCCUCAAAAACAACAAAUCCAGAGGAGGAGGCUCCACAGUUAACAACAGUAACAAUGUACUACAACGACGUUCCAGGACUAAUGCUAGCCGGUGAACAAUAUGUUAGACUAGUGGACAUUCACAAACAAAUGCUACCUAGUAAGGAUACCGGUAUUUUGAAAAAGCGUGCACAACUUCUCUCACUUCCUCUUUUAAACUGUUCGGAUAUGCAGAGGAAUUUCUUACAGCGUUAUGCCAAUGCUGCAAGAUCUAAGUCAACUCUCGUUAUAUCCAAGCAAAAUGCAGUUAAGCUAAUAGCUUUCUAUGUGGAGCCUCGACAGCGAUCUGUUACAGACGAAAAUUCUACGACUGGAACAGACUCUCGAUCAGGAUCUCGCAAAAGACGAAAAACAGAUGAAAACGAAGACGACUUUGUAAGGGUUGUUACUACCCGUAACUCGACAAGGUCACGUGGUCAAUUGGGUAGAUUGUUUGUAUAUAAAAUGGAGAAGAAAGAUUCAUCUUGUGUACAGUGCGAAACUUGCGGUGAAACGUUAACAUUACGAAAAUUCGCUAAACACGUUCACCACCAACAUUCUGCAGACGAACUUUUGGACAUUUCUGUUCCUUUAAAGAUUGUUUUGGCCAAUGGUCAUCCUACUUCAGGGGAACUGGUGAAAUGGAAGAUAUUUGAAGAGAAAAGUAAGGAGCUAGAAACUAAAACUUCACCAUCACCAUUGCCACCGUCAUCAUCUCCCCCGUCUUCGCCGAGACAAUCGGCGAGAAACCGGAAACGAAAACAAUUGCAUCCGGUUGAAAGUUAUGUGUUCACGCCGACUAAACGAAGUCCGCCGAAAAGGGCUAGGUCUUCGCAGAGAACUGCUUAGAUACUGUUUUCUUUUUCUCUUCGUUUUUCCAAGCUUGUAAGUUGUAUUUCUGUGGCCAGAAUUGAUAAUUUAAGCAUUGCUGUUAAUUUUUGUAUAGGUCUCUCUGAUAAGUCAUAUAUUUAAAUUCUUUAUACGUUUAUUUUGUUUUGGAAUUUUAUUAAUCAUUGCGUCAUAAGCUUUUUGCAAAAAAAAUUCAUCGUUUCACGAAAACUUAUUUUUGUUAUAUAGUCAUACUUAUUGUACAAAUUUUUAUAUCUAGCUAGUCUACUCAGUGCAGAAAGUUGUCAUCUGUAUAUAUAUAUAUAUAUAUAUAUAUAUAUGUAUCUGUCUGUAUAUUGAUUUGUAAGUGUAUGUACAAAUGUAAGUAAGUUUGAUUCACUUAUUUUUGUACUCAUACUAAUGUAUAUAGAAUUUUCUAAGAUCUAUAAUUGCCAUGGCAAACUCAAAACUCCUCUACGUAAAGAACUUAUAUAGACUUCUAGAUAUGUUUAAGAUAAUAAUUUUAAUUUUGAACUCUACAAUUCUCAAACAUUCUAUAUGAAGCUAGACAAAGAAGCAGUUAACACCAGAUGUAUUACCAUUAUGACGUUGAGGAGGUUCACUGACCUAUAAUUCUAAAAAUUAGUCUGACCAGUCCAGACUGGGGCAACAUUUAAAUUAUCAAUCUGGCCUAUUUAUUGAUCACAGUUUUUUUUGUUUCUUUUUAUGUGCGUUUUUCGGUGACGGUUUAUUGUGCGCAGUAAAAAAACAAUGUAUUUUGUAUACCGUAUACAGUGUUAUUCUUUGUACAAAGUAUACGUGUAUGUCGUAUUACUAAAUGUUUAGUUGAUAUUUCGCACUAUCACUCGUCGUUUGGAAAACUCGAUAUAAGCAAAUUAGGAAAUACAAGAAAAAAAGUAUCUUAUUCAAUCUAAUAUAAAAUUUCCUUUUGACUUUUUAGCCAUAGAAGACAAACAUUUGCUACUGAUGAGAUCAUAAGGCAGAGCGCCAUAAAUAUGAAUAUAUAUAUAUAUAGUAUAUAUUUUAUGCUGUUAAUGAUUCAGUUCCGCACAAGUAUAAGCGGAUACAAAGACAUAAAGGAAGUAAAGUGCAAAUGUUUUAUAUACUUUUAGAAUAUUGUGAAUGAUAGAUGGCGCUAUAUGCCAAACAAAAAGAAUUUAACAUUUCUACAUCGAGAUAUUCUGUAUCAACCGUUAAAGGUAGAGAAAUUGAUUUUUGAACAAAAAGUGUGCAAUGAAUCGCAUUCAUACAUUCUAAUUUUUUUGUAUA